AUGGAGGGGCAAAAUGGGAAACAAUGCAUAAAAUUCUCUCUCCUCAAAAUCGUCCUCCUUUUGCCAUUAAUUAGAUUUGGUUCAGUGGUAGUGGCUAAGCCAAGGACAGCAAAAAAUCUUCAGGUGCAGAAAGGCCUACCCUUCAAGAUUGCACUCUUCGCUGACUUGCAUUUUGGUGAAGACGCGUGGACUAAGUGGGGCCCUCUUCAAGAUGUUCACUCUACCAAUGUUAUGUCUUCUAUCCUAGAUCAAGAGAAACCAGACUUUGUAAUUUAUCUAGGAGAUGUUAUCACAGCUAAUAACAUUCCAAUAGCAAAUGCGAGUCUAUAUUGGGAUCAAGCGCUCUCACCAGCUAAAAAUAGGUGCAUUCCUUGGGCCAUUGUCUUUGGAAACCAUGAUGAUGCUCAAUUUACAUGGCCUACGGAAUGGUUUUCAGAUAGCGGAAUUCCCUCUCUGAAGUGCACAUCAGAUACUUCAUUAUCUUCAGGGGAGGACAAUUGCAGCUUCAUGGGCACAACGCGUUUACAAUUGAUUAAUCAUGACAUUGGAAGCAAUACAUUAUCAUUCUCUCAAAAGGGACCUAAAAAUCUAUGGCCUAGUGUAUCCAACUAUGUCCUCAGAAUUUCAUCAUCAGAUGAUUCAGAAUCACCGGUAGCCUACCUGUACUUUCUAGACUCUGGAGGGGGGUCUUAUCCGGAAGUCAUAUCAUCUGCACAAGCAAAAUGGUUUAACAGCACAUCUCAGGAAAUCAACCCUGACUCAAGAGUGCCUGAGAUAAUCUUUUGGCACAUUCCUAGCAGAGCUUACAAAACUGUGGCACCUUCUGGUAAAAUAGAUAAACCUUGUGUAGGAUCGAUUAACAAAGAGACUGUUGCUCCUCAAGAAGCUGAAUUCGGUAUCAUGAACACAUUAGAAGCUCGGUCUUCAGUUCAGGCUGUGUUUGUGGGGCACAAUCAUGGACUAGACUGGUGCUGUCCUUACAAAAAAUUCUGGCUUUGCUUUGCGCGCCACACUGGCUAUGGUGGUUAUGGAAAUUGGGCUAAAGGAGCUAGAAUACUCGAGAUCACUGAGCAGCCAUUUCUCAAGUCAUGGAUUACAAUGGAGGACAGUUCUGUACAUAGUCAUGUUACGCUGAAGUUUUGA